UGCCGCUGAGAUUUGAGGAGGACCAGACCUCUCAUUAGCAGCAGGUCUAGAGAAUUAGAACUUAAAUCCAGAAUCACUGCCUCCAUGUUCAUCAUCUCGCUGCCCUGCACUUUGACAGCUGAUGAGGAGGACCUGGGAGGAUAUGACUGCAGGACGCACGAGUCUAAUCAGCUCUGGGGAGGAAAGCAUGGUCCUGGCAAAUAAGAAGCUCACAUAUAAAGGGGGAGGACCUCUCUGUCCAGGAACAUCCCUAAUGAGGUAUGGAAAGGCACUUAAUACCCAGACACAGACAUUCCGCUGGUGUGAUAACCGCAGACGGAAGUUUUCUGUGCCUCCUGGAAACGAAGCCAAGCUUUCUCCUCUCGGAAGCCAUGAGGAUUGCUGUCUUCCUCUGUACCAUUCUUCUCUCUAUGAGCCAAGUUCCACCAGCCAGGGGCAAAUUCAAGGAGAUCUGUGAGCGUCCAAACGGCUCCUGCCAAGAAUUCUGCCUUGAAACAGAAAUCCACUCUGGGAGAUGCCUAAGCGGCCAGCCGUGCUGCCUGCCCCUGGGGCACCAACCGCAGAUCGACCCGACGACACCUCCUCAGUACUGAGGCCUUUCAGAGGGUCUUGCUUGUUUGGAUGUUUCAUUAUCUGGUUCUCCAUCUCCAUCUCCUGCUCUCUGUCUUGUCUUUCACAGGGAUUCUCGCUGAGUCCUCAAUAAAUAAUAAAGAAGCACUUGCAAACACAAAGCCACUGUGCACACCCAUGUGCUC